AUACAUACACAUACAUAUAUAUAUAUAUAUAUAUAAAUCCACCGAUGAUAUUCUAAAAUCACUGUAAUUUCACUUCUUAAAAAAAAAAAAAAAUGAAUCCAAACAGAGUCGACCAAUUUCCGACGACGGAAGAAUCGGCGUUGCAAAUCGCAAUCGAAAUGCCUUGUCCGGAGGUGCACAGAGUCGCCUUGCCGCCGCCGUGCACGACGGCGGAGAAACUCCGGCGCCGCCUCUCUGAGAUCUUCUUCCCCGACGACCCGUUCCACCGCUUCAAGAAUCAGCCAUGGCUGAAAAAAAUGAUCGUUGCCCUGCAGUGCUUCUUCCCAAUUUUCGAUUGGGCUCCAAAUUACAGCCUCCGACUCCUCAAAUCCGACGUCGUUUCGGGCCUCACCAUAGCCAGCCUCGCAAUUCCGCAGGGGAUAAGUUAUGCGAAGCUUGCGACUCUGCCGCCGAUAAUCGGACUUUACUCGAGCUUUGUUCCGCCGCUGAUUUACGCGGUGCUCGGGAGCUCUCGCCAUCUCGCCGUUGGCCCUGUCUCCAUCGCGUCGCUCGUGAUGGGCACGAUGCUCGGCGAGGCUGUCUCCGCCGCACACCAGCCGGUUCUUUACCUAAAACUCGCCUUCACUUCGACUUUCUUCGCCGGAUUGUUUCAGGCAUCUCUUGGAUUUCUUAGAUUAGGAUUCAUCAUCGAUUUCCUGUCGAAGGCGACGCUGGUCGGGUUCAUGGCUGGCGCCGCUGUGAUUGUCGCGUUGCAGCAGCUGAAAGGCCUUCUCGGGAUUUCUCAUUUCACCAACAAGAUGCAGCUUGUUCCCGUUUUGUCUUCGGUUUUCCAUCACAUCGACGAGUGGUCUUGGCAGACCAUCGUCAUCGGAGUUUUGUUCUUGAUCCUUCUAUUGGGGACGAGGCAAAUUAGCAUGAGAAGACCGAAGCUCUUCUGGAUAGCUGCGGCUGCGCCAUUAGCAUCGGUUGUUAUGUCCACAAUUUUGGUCGUUUGCCUUAAAUCCGUCGCGCCGGGGAUACAAACCAUCGGACACUUGGCUAAGGGACUGAAUCCGCCGUCGGCGAACAUGCUACACUUCAAUGGUCCGUAUCUCGGCCUCACCAUCAAAACCGGCAUUAUCACCGGGAUACUUUCUCUUACAGAAGGGAUCGCCGUCGGGAGGACAUUUGCAGCUCUGAAAAACUACCAAGUCGACGGCAACAAAGAGAUGAUGGCGAUCGGGCUAAUGAACAUGGCCGGCUCUUGCUCCUCCUGCUACGUCACCACCGGAUCGUUCUCGCGGUCAGCUGUGAAUUACAACGCCGGCGCGCAAACAGUUGUGUCUAACAUAGUAAUGGCUGCGACCGUGCUCGUGACGCUGCUGUUUCUGAUGCCACUUUUCUACUACACGCCGAACCUCAUCUUGGCUGCAAUCAUCAUAACAGCCGUCGUUGGGCUGAUCGAUUACGGGGGAGCUUAUAAGCUCUGGAAAGUCGACAAGCUCGAUUUCGUGGCCUGCCUCUGCUCCUUCCUUGGCGUUCUUUUCAUCUCCGUCCCACUCGGCCUCACCAUAGCCAUUGGAAUCUCUGUUUUCAAAAUUCUGUUGCACGUCACGCGGCCUAAUACGUUCGUUCUUGGUAACAUCCCCGGGACGGGAAUAUAUCAAAACCUCGACCGGUAUAAGGAAGCCAUUAGGGUCCCGUCGUUUCUCAUCAUCGCUGUCGAGGCGCCUAUUUAUUUUGCGAAUGCUAAUUAUCUUCAAGAAAGGAUCGCUCGGUGGAUCCGAGAAGAGGAAGAGUUGGCUGCGUCGAACAAUAGCGACGACAUCAAAUGCGUGAUCCUCGACAUGACCGCAGUCACGGCGAUAGACACGAGUGGGAUCGACACCAUCAACGAACUUAGAAAGGCGCUCGAGAAGCGAUCACUCAAGCUCGUGUUAGCGAAUCCUGUGGGGAGCGUAAUGGAGAAGCUCCAUGAGUCGGGCGUGUUGCCGGAAUUCGGAUUGGAAGGAAUUUAUUUGACCGUUGGAGAGGCCGUUGUUGAUAUAUCGUCGUCGUGGAAGAAGACUCGACCAUAAAUAAAUAAUUUUUUUAAAAAAUAAAAUAACCGCCAAAAUCGAAUGGCCAAAUAUAUUUGUAGGGAGUUUUGGUUGUAAAUUAUGUUCUCAUGUAGCAUAUAUAUAUAUAUAUUGAUAUUGUUUAGUUUUAAAUGUUCCAAAUAUAUAAAAUAUCCCCUUUGUUCAUAA